CCUUCAUGACUGAUUCAGCCGUGAAAUGAGGAUGUGCAAGACUCCACCCCGCAUCAUUGUCGAUCCGAAACUGCCGGGAGUAAGCACGGCUUGAGAGAUGAGGUACAAAAGGAUGGAGGAUGUCCGCCUGAAAUGGCUGGACCGUUGACUCGACAGCAUCCUCUCACUCUUAUAUAGAUAACUCGUUCAACUUAAUUCAUCAACCAUGCGUUUUGCUUUAGCUCUGUCAUGGCUCCCCCUCACCCUAGCCCUCCACCUCCCCGAAUCUCUUGACCGCCGCACCAAACAUAAACCCAUCACAGACUGUUCAGCAGAACAAGUCGUCGACCUUCUCAAACUCGAGCCAAACACCGAAAAGGGUUACUUCGUCCAAACUUUCGUAGAUCCGACUACCGUCCCAGGAACCAAUCGAUCCAUCAGCACAGCUAUUUACUAUCUGCUCGAAGGCUCCGCGGGACAAUCUCUCUGGCAUAAACUCGACGCCGCGGAAGUCUGGCACUAUUAUGCUGGUGCACCUCUUGUUCUGUCGUUGUCGAAGAAUGAUGGCUCUUGUACGAGGGAUCAUGUAAUGGGGAAUGAUCUCUUCGGUGGACAGAGACCUCAGGUUGUUGUUGCGGCGGAGGAGUGGCAGAGUGCCCGGAGUUUGGGUGACUGGACUCUUGUUGGGACAACUGUCGCGCCAGGAUUUGAUCCGGCUGGACAGGUCUUGAAACCUGAAGGUUGGAAGCCAAAGUCGUGCAAGAGGCCUCAUCAAGGUUCCCAGUGAUUUGCGGUUGCCUCAAGGCAUCCCAGAGAACAGCCAUCAUUCAUCUACUUGUUCAAUAAACACAUCUUUAGUAGGUAACAAAUGAUUGAUCAAUCUCCGGUCCAGUAAUAAUAAGCAUGUACAAGAAUUAAAUAAUGUG